CACAUGGACAUGCACUCUCUUACAGACGGGUCGUAUAGGACUUGUGCACAUACCCAGACUAGGAAAUAAACAAGGGAAGAAAACUCCAAUUUCGGAGGUCGAUGUGGUUGACCUGAGGAUUUUGAGGACUUCCUCUGGAUAAAUAUUUUCCUAGACAUCAUAUCUACAUCUACAUCCAAACGACAUUCCCUCCUGUUGACACAUCCUUCGGACCAUUCGAAAGAUGCCGACGAUGUCCGGCCGCGCGCGGCCCAUCGAGAAACUCGCGGAAGCCGCUGCGAAGUGUUCUGUGGAGGCUACGGCGUAUGGCAAAUGUAUACUAGCAGACUACCAGUCAACAUACCAAGAUAUGUGCGCGAAGGAGUUUAUGCGUCUGAAGGACUGCUAUUUGAAAAACGCGAAGAGAUCAUAAGAGUUCUCUGGAAGGCCUAGGCUGCCUUAACUCGCUCUAAUUCUACCCUCAUAAUCAAAGCGUUUUCAUCCUACAUGUGUUUGUGCUCUUCACAGCUUGAGCAGCCUCAACAAAAACGUCGCUUUUUGCACUUCUUGCACCUCCUCAAGGAUGAAAUCUUGCUUGACUCCAUUUGGAACCUGCCCGUCAAAC